CUUCCGGUAAACUUUUGCAUCAAAACAUUGGGUACAAGAACCUCGACUUAUCAUGGACAUGAUACAAAUAUAUAUCAUGGGUAGGGUUCUCAAAAAUAUAUGUAACCUAAUUUGACAAAUGAUCUUUAAUUAUGAAAAUGAAAACAUUAAGUUGUAAAUGAUAUAAGCUACUUUACCUCCUCUUUCAGCUUCGUUUUUAUUUCAAUGUUUACAAAACUAGAUCCCAAACAAUCCCUGGCGUGUGUUCUCUAGUCCCUUCUUGGUGUUUUCACCAUGAUAGACUUGACUCCGACACUGAAUGUUGAAGUUGAUAUUCUGCAAUGGAUAUUGGACAGACGCAAAAGGCAAGACAUCAAAGGGUCGAAUGAUGUGAAGUUCAAGCUCCUAGGACAGGAGAAAGAUGGCACUCUGCUUUAUUGCUGGAUAGAUAUUGUUCCUGAGCUAGAGGAAGAAGGCCCCGUAGUUCACAUUGGCACAUAUGAUCCAAGCAGUAAAUACAACAAGUUGGUUUUCAUGCAUGACAAGAAUGUGAACAUUGUGAAUUGUACAAUUAAUUUGGAGAAAACCUUUCUAGGAUUUGUUACACAAGAGUAUGAUAGCGCAGAUGGAACAGGCUCCCCAACACAGAGACCUCGAGAAAUCUAUAAAGCGUUUAUAGCAGAGAUUCAGCCUCAGGAAAGAGUGUUCUACUUGAACAUUGAACGUCCAAAUGCAUUGAAGCUUCAGUUCUUAUACACCAAAUAUAGAGGGCAGGUCGAUAGAGAGUCACAUAUGUUGGUCAUACUGCACAAAGAAUCUAUUGGGCUGUAUCACAUACCUAUUUCCAAGAUGGGAGACAAAGCUGUGAUCCUAGGAGGGCAGCCAAGAAAGCAACAAGUUACCAACAAAAAAUUCACUUGGUGUCAGUUUGACCAGCAGAACCAGCGUUUGUAUGUGAUAUACCACCGGAAAUCACCAAAUCAAACAGGAGGAAGCCAGUAUGAUCCUGUUCUAGCCAGUUUUCAAUUCACUGGACAAGCCAAUAUAGAAGUUAUGGUUGAGUUACCUCUUGAAGUUCCUGUAUCAUACAGCAGGAGCUCUUCCAGAUCCAGCUACCUCAAUCUACCCUUGUGCUCUGGCAUACCAGAUAGCAGUGUUAACAUUGAAGUAGUAAGUCAGUCUAAUGGCACUCUGUGUGUGUGCUACCAGCAUCCUCUCCCUGCUACACCUAGAACAUCAGCACCUUUACAAGAAUUUGAGGGAGCUCUCGCUGAAGAAUUGAUAGAACUAAAAUACUCAGUAUGCAUCAUACACUUAGGGAAAACACUCAAUUGCUCCGUCCCAAAGUUCCCAAGAAGUAUAGCAAAGAAGUCCAGAAUUCAUUUCUCAGUACUCAAUGACUAUGUUUUAGUGUAUCUACCAAAUUACUUUGUCCAUCUGCUGAAUAUUGGAAUUGAGUUUGAACCCUGUCACCACAUAUUGAACCAUGCCAUUCCAAGACAUCCUACUCAAACACCCACCAAUAGAUCUGUGCAUCUGUCUUCAUUUUGCAAAGAUAGAACAAAAAGCCGCAGUGACAUUGGUGCAUGUUUUUAUGACAAUGCAUCCCAGAUUGCUUAUAAGAUGACAUUAAAUAAAGAUGGCUUGGUGAAUAUGUUCCGCAAGAGUGUGUCCAGCAGCACAAGACUAGCCAUACUUCAUUAUGCUGUCGUCCACAAUAAAGAAUUACCAUUCAUAAAACAGUUAUUUGAAGUAAUGGCAUGUGACGUCACUAACAGUGAGAUACCAGCUCUUUUGGAAGAGUUCCUAAUUGGGUACAGCUACUCAGCUAUGAGAAAGCAGUUGGACAGGGACACCAUGAGACUUUUACCCUUUACAACAUCUGAGACAGGCAGGGGCCAAAAUGAGAAGAUGUCUUCUGGGGAGAGAGUUGCCCAGAUAUCAUACACACCCAUAAAACAAGCCUUUACGUUACUCACAAAGAAACUCAAGUUUACUUCAGGAGACCUAUGGGAUAGUGUUUGUAGGAGACUUAGAACAGUACAGACUGAGCCUCUGCAAAGGUUCAACAAUAGAAGUGUCUACAAUCAACUUCUAGAGAUGGAGCAAGAGGAAAAGGCACCAACUGGGUCUAAAGAAUCUAGCUCAUUUUUCAAAAAAUUGUCAGCAGCUGCUAAAAUAGCAUUUGGCCCAAGACCAGACAAAAAAGAUCGCCCCCCUUCUCGCUCAGAACAGAUUCUUGGUACAAUGCCACAUUUCAUGGAUGAGAAAGAAGCCGAUUUAAAACAAGAACGUAUUGCAGCAUUGACAAAGGAUAGGUUGACCCAACAUCUAUGCCACUAUUUGAAGAGUGACAGCAUACAGAAGAUACAGAACAUGAGCACUGAAUAUAUUUCUUGUCAGAUCCACCAAUCCAGAUUACUGUGCCAUAUGAUAUGGAGUGUCAUGGCUUGUAACCAAGACCAAUAUAUUCCACUAAAUGUGCCUUCCACCCAAUCAGAUUAUGAACUGUUUCAGCUAAUGGAAAGAUAUUAUCUGGUUGUCAUAGAGACAGCAUUCCCCCUUCCACCAGGAUUUGAUGCUUUCUUCGCUGCCUUGGGCUUUAGAUGUCUUGACUUUAGGUUAUUCAUUCAGUAUGUGGACAGAGAUGUACUGAGAUUGACUGCUGACUUCAUACGUCAAGUCCUUGAGGAUCUUGAAGAUACGCCAUCUAAUGUUAGAAUAAAAUACCAGCUGAUUACCAAGUUGCCUAAGGAGCAAGCCAUGGGGUGUUUCCAGCACUGGGGGAAUAAAAUCAGUAUAAAGUACAGGGCCAAUCAGUAUGUUCAGAACAUACUUAAACAAGUCCCUGGUGCCAGUUUUCCUGAAGCCAGCUUGCCUGACUCGACCUCCAUGGGUGCUAGUGCUAGUCUUAGUGGUAGCCGUACAGCCACACCAACCAAUCUUCCCUUUCCCCCUCUCAGUACAUUCUUAAAACUAUUGGAACAGAAAGAUCCUAAGCUUAUAUCAAGAGAUGCCCAAAGAAUAACUGGUAUGGACAGCAGGUUCAUUGAAGAGGCAGCCUUGCUGGAUUCCAAAGAUAGUCUAACGCAACAGGCAUAUAUCAAAUCAGGAUUCUAA